CUUCAUCACUGUUGUCAUGGUUUACAGCAGUGAUGUGCCACAGAUUCUUGCUUUAGCGUCUCCAGAAUACUAAGAGGGACUAUGGAGAUCCAGUGGCUGUGCUGUGUGUGGAUGCUGCUUAUCACGCAGACUGAGCUUGUGUGUUGUGAAGUUGAGUUUCUGCAGCGUCAUGCGGGGGAGUCUGUGGUCAUCCCCUGUGUGUUGCAGGAGAAACACCCUGCACCCAUUGGCGUUGAGCUGAAACGCAGGUGGCUGGACCCUGGCAAGGUGCUGUUCCAGUUGAAAAACAUGAGGCCCGAGGUGCACAAGCUCAGUGAAAAGGACCGCUACAGCGUGAGCGGGGACCCCGGCACCUGCAGCCUCAAUGUGACCAUCUCCCAGCUGAGGGCCAGCGACACAGACCGCUACUUCUGUGAGUUCAUCACCGAUGACUCUCCUAUGAAAAGAAUACCUAGCAUGGCUGAGUUCUUCCUCUAUGUGGUUGCAAAUGUCCCGGACUGGGGGGACGUAGAGCAUGUAGAGACGUGUGCAGGGGGCUCAGCUGUGCUGCCCUGUUUGCCCCUGUACGGGGGCGGCUCGGCCGUGGAGGGGGUGAGUCUGAAACGGCAGAAGGGCCUGGCUCCUGUCCAGCUGUUGUACAACUCAAAACACCACCACUCCUCCUCCUCCUCUUCUUCCUCACCUUCUUCCACCACACUCCCUCCUGAGAGGAUCCAGUUGUCCACGGUGGCCGGCCUCACUGGCAUGAUUUACAACCUCACCCUCCUGCAGCUCCAGCCAGAGGACAGCGCCUUUUACAGCUGCCAGCUGCUUGUACCUGGCAGGCCUGAUAGCGCUGCUCUUGGGAGCCAUGUGUUCUUUGUGUCUGUGCAAGGUGGUGAGUGCGGCUGCUCCAGCUACAUCAUUCUGCUGUAUGCCGUGUCCUCGGCGGUGGCUCUGCUGUUUAUCCUGCUCAUUGCACUACUGAUGCUAAAGCGAGAUACCGCUUGCCCUCGUGUGAAACCACAGCCACAGCUCGCCAUAUACGAGGAGAUGGUCGGGGUGCAUCCCCGCAACCUUAAAAAGUCGGUCGGUCAAACGGGCAACCUGCACCUGGAGGAAGCUGCCACCAAUGCAUACUCCCACUCCUUUACCAAGUCCUCAACAGAAAACGACUAUGCAGGGGCCUUCAGCCCUGCAGAAAACCAAAAGUGAGAAUGAACCCGGGCUGCGCCACUGCAGGCAAACCGACAUCAAUGGAUUAAAACUAGACUCGGGCAACAAUCUAGAGAUUCUUUACAUAACAUGGGAUUUUUGACUAAAACCUGUUGGUAAAGUAGCAGUGUGGAGUGAUGAAAUAACUGGACAUUUGACACACAAAAGAACCAUUAGAUCCUGUAUUCACACAGAAGUUCCUUGCUGUAUUCACUGGACUGUAGUGUGGAAGAGUGUUUUCUUUUUGUUGGUUAUAUCUUAUAAAAGCACCGUGAUAAACUGUUUAGUGAUAUAUUUUUGCUCAUCUAUUAUUGUCCUUUGUGUGUGUGUGUAUGUAUAUAUAUAUAUAUAUAUAUAUAUAUAUAAUGUCAGCUAAUGAUCAGCAUACAAAUUGCUUAGAUUUAUAGACAGGUAAAAAAAAAUAAGAACACACCAAAAAAAAAAAAAUGGACGAGGUGAUCAGUCACAGCCAAGAAAAAUUGCUAUUUAUUAAUGUAGUCUGAAAGAAGCUCCAUUAUUUAUGGAAACAAUUUUUUUUCUUGUGCAUGUCAUUAACAAUCACAUUCUAUGAGGAGAAAAAAGAACAUUAAAAGCCACAACUUUGUAUCUCAGUUACAGACAUUUUUUUCCUUUUUUUUUUU